AUGGUGAACCUAAUUCGUCGAGUGGUUUUUCUCUUCAUGACACUAGUUAUCACGAAUGAAGUCUUUGCCAAUGACUACGCUAUGGAACCUGAACUUGAGUCAUACGGAGAGGAAGAAUUAGCUGAAAUGAUACCUUCUAUGGAGAAUGAUAAGUACAUCCGGCACAUUCAUUCCAUGAUUAACGCAUACAGAGAUGACAUCUUGGGUCGUCGAAUGGUAAUUGAAACAAAUGCACUUGUUGACACGAAGUACAAAACAUGGAAACGCAAUGGAGACUUGAUAAAUUCUCUUCUGGCACUACCCAAAGGCAUGAAUGACGCAGGCCGUUAG